ACCAGAAACUGCGAUUAGCUUAGGAAUCAUGACUUAUGGGACCUGUGUGUACAUAGAAACGGGGCCCUUUUUUGUGCCCGGGCCAGCAGGACUGUAUUUUUAAUUUACAUUUUAGCCUCAUAGACACAUACUUUGAUUGGAUUGAAAUUUGUGAGUUGGGGUGUGUGGUGUAAUGCUGCAUCAUUGUGCUCCUCAGAUGGUCCCAUUUCCCGAGUUGUGAAGUCUUUCUUCCGACUUCGGUGUUCAAGUGCUUUAAGUCGGAAUAUGGAAAUAACAUGGAUGCUACUAUAAAGAUGUGUUGGAUUAGCAUUAUCAUCCAACUAUGCUGAAACAGUUUGAAGCUUUCCAUUACAAAGUUACUUUUGUGUCCCAAAGUUGUUACUGCACCAGUACAUUACCUGAAACCAAUAAAAUGUAGCUUGUUCUGCAAAUACUGCUAAUAAAAAACGGUCCUAAUUAAUCUACUUCAAUCUACAUUGACAGCAAACUAGCCGUUAUAACCUAAUACACAGCAAUAAUAAUUUUGCACCAUUAUUUCAACGUUUCUAAUCAUCAACCAUGUUGUCCACCAUGUUUAAUGUGUAUGAUGUCGGCAACUCGUGUAGCAUAAUUUUUCUCUGACUUAAUUAGUUAUUGUGCCGACUUCAGUGGGCGUUCCCUAGGGGUAGGGGAAAAAAUCGAUACAGCAUAGCAUCGUGAUAUUUGCCAUGGCAAAACUGUAUCGAUACACGGACACCAAGUAUCGAUAUUUUAUUAGAUAAAUUUCAGAUGGUACAAACAGAGUAGUGUAUCUUCUUAGUUAAACAGAUGUUGACAAAGUUUGACUUUAGGGACCUAAUUGGAAGUUGGAAAAAGGUAAUAAAUUGCAAUAUAUCCCAAUAUAUUUAAAAUCGCAAUAAAAUCGAAUCGCAACAUAAAUAUUGUGAUAAUAUCGUAUCGUUGGUGGUGAUUCCCACCCCUAGCGUUCAUGUGAAUCUUCCCAGUUGGGAAAAAAAAUUUCAGUUUAUUCUGACACUACAUGAAGGCAUAAUAAAUAUGUCUACCAACAGAGGUUUUGCCAUACCGUUUGUACUGUGGUAGCGUUCUCUUUCACAUCUGAGGGUGUAUUACCAAUGUCGGCAUGUUGCUAAUCAAUGAGCAGGACGGCUUUGUGGCUUUUGUUGGAUUUGUAUGUGAUUUUUGUGGGUGAUUAAGUAGCUUUAAUCUGUCAGUCAUUAUUGCUGAAUUAGAUUCGUCACUGGUUAUUUUAAUGGUUUCUGUUACCUCAUGAUAUAUCUCUCUAUAUAUAUGAGCGAGCAAGCGAGAGAGGCAGAGAGAGGGCGAUAUGGAUUUGAAAAGACAUAUGUCAUUAUUAACAAUUUUAGGCAUAACACCCACACAGAUUAGUAAAGUGUUGCCUUAAAGUUUGUCUCAAUGAAAAACUGGGGUGUUCAGGUUUAUUAAUGGGUCUGGGGCCCCUGCUUUUCUGUUCUGCUUCCCUAAAGGCUAAUCCAGGCAUGCCUACACAGCGUGUGUAUAUCAUGUCAUAAGCCUAUUACUAUCAAGGGCAUUCCCUGGCUGCUGAAACACAACCAGUAGUAAUGGACUGGCUCGGGAAAGGACACCUAAAGAAACACAUUGUCAAAGACUUGUAAAUGCUGUUAUUUCAGUUUCAAGUGAUCUAAAGCUAAAUAGCUCCACCAUAUAUUCCUUGUGCACAGUGUGCUUUCAUGACAAACAGAAAUUUAGAGGAGCAUUUUGGCUCUGCAAGGUGUUAUGACAAGCUUUAUGCUCAGUUUGGCUAGUGACACUGUGGUCACUGGAAUGGGAUUUUUAACUGCUCACAUGCUGGAUCUAAUAGCAAGGCAUAUGAUAUGUGGACAUUUGAGACCAGUUAAAAGUGUUCUGUUGGUCAGUCCUGCUCUGACUGUAAUCCACUUGUUAAGUACACACUGUUCAUUUAAUAUUGCUUAUUUAAAUCAAAGUAUUACAUUCUUUAAUAGUGGAGCUAUGAUGGCAACGUGACAGGAGGGAAGCCGCUGAGUCAGCUUCAACAGGAACCAUGGAAGGGUUUCAGCCAACUGCUACAGAGCAGCACGACAGGGUGAACGGCUACUCCUCCCCCAAAUCCCCACAGGACACGGCUGAUGUCAGGUGGACGCCACCAGAGGGAGAUUCUGGAGGUUCGGACAGCUGUGGGGGGACAAGUGUGUCGGAGCUGACAGACCUGCAAGAGUUGAAGGCAAGGGAAAGUGAGAAUGAGGAGGACAAGGAGGAGAAGGAGGCAGUUCCUGCCUCUAAAGGCCUGAAAGGGGACCAGAAGAAAAAAGAGAAAGAGAGUCUGGAUGAGGAGAACAAUCACAGCAAGCAAAACAGCAGUGCAGCAUCCAGCUAUACAGACCUGUCCCAUACCUCGUCACCCUCGCUGUCAGAACAGCUGCGUCUUGGCCGAGAAGACAGCACAGGGUCUGGGAUCAGCGUGGAGUGUAAGGUCUGUGGGGACAAGGCCUCUGGCUUUCACUAUGGCGUGCAUGCCUGCGAAGGUUGCAAGGGCUUUUUCCGGCGGACCGUGCGAAUGAAACUGGAAUAUGACCGCUGUGAACGUUCCUGCAAGAUUCAGAAGAAGAAUCGUAACAAGUGCCAAUAUUGUCGAUUCCAGAAGUGCCUGUCUUUGGGAAUGUCCCAUGAUGCGAUCCGAUAUGGACGUAUGCCUGAGGCGGAGAGGAAGAAGCUGGUGGCAGGCUUGCUCGCAGAGGAGCUGAACCACAGCAAACCAGGUGGUUCAGACCUGAAGACCUUGGCGAAACAAGUCAACACAGCCUACCUGAAGAACCUCAGCAUGACCAAGAAGAGGGCCCGCAGCAUCCUAACGGGCAAAACUAGCAGCACCUCGCCAUUUGUAAUCUACGACGUGGACACACUCUGGAAGGCAGAGAGUGGUUUAGUAUGGAGCCAGCUAGUUCCAGGUGCACCCCUGACGAAGGAGAUUGGGGUCCAUGUGUUUUACCGCUGCCAAUGCACUACGGUGGAGACGGUGCGAGAGCUCACCGAGUUUGCCAAGUGCAUUCCAGGGUUCGUGGACCUCUUCCUUAAUGAUCAGGUGACUUUGCUGAAGUAUGGCGUGCACGAGGCCAUUUUUGCCAUGUUGCCCUCUAUCAUGAACAAAGAUGGGCUGCUGGUGGCCAAUGGCAAAGGCUUUGUGACCAGGGAGUUCCUGCGCAGCUUAAGAAAGCCCUUCAGUGAGAUCAUGGAGCCUAAGUUUGAGUUUGCUGUAAAGUUUAACGCUCUGGAGCUGGAUGACAGUGACCUGGCCCUGUUUGUUGCUGCCAUUAUUCUCUGUGGAGAUCGUCCCGGGCUGAUGAACGUGAAGCAGGUGGAGCAGAGUCAGGACAGCAUCCUCCAGGCCCUAGACCUCCACCUUCAAGCAAACCACUCUGACUCAGUCUACCUCUUCCCGAAGCUGCUGCAGAAGAUGGCGGACCUCCGUCAGCUGGUUACCGAGAACGUUCACCUUGUACAGAAGAUCAAAAAGACUGAGUCGGAGACCUCGCUCCACCCUCUACUACAGGAGAUCUACAAAGACAUGUAUUAGUUCUCCAGCAGAGACUGCUUUUAGUGAUACUGUUACAGAAUGAAUUUACAUUUAUAAUAAUACACUGCAUUCAGUACAAGCACUGUUCCAAGUACGGGAAUGGACUUUAACAUGAUGAGGCAAAGUUACGUGGUAGGGCUAACACAAUCAGCAACGUCUUCUCAAUGUCUGCAUUACCCUCAGCACAGUAAUGUGUGUGUGGCUUGUGUGUGUGUGUGUGAGAUAAGCAUCUGGAAUCAUUUGCUGCAAGUCCUAGUUUCCCACAACGCUCGCUUAACAGAGAGAAUGAUAUGUUUUCUCACUGAAGCUGCUCCUAUUACAUUCUAAUAGCGAAGCUGACCCCAGAGCAGUGUGUAGAGAGAGCUUCUCCUCGCUCACGAAGCUCCGUGUUUUGCUGUGAAGGGAAAGUAUUUCAUGUUCUUACACCAGUGGCAUAGCUGAAACAGAAGAGAGCCGUCAAGUUUGUGCUGUGCAAGAAUUUCUUAUGAUGCCAAUGUCUUUGGUGGAGUGAUUGUUCUCAGACUUUUGGUAAAUCUGAAGAUGCACAAAUAGGUUUUUGUUUACAUCAUUGUCAUCAUCAGUGACCGCGCUACUUUGCCAAUUGGUUUAUAGAACACAAACUGGGCUGGCUCCAGCAGUGUAGGGCUCUCUCAAAGCAGCUGUCUGUGCAAUACCUUUUUUUUCCAAUUUGUCAAUAAAUGUAGAGAUCCAAGUUAUGUAGAUUUUGUCUUAAAGCCAUCUACCCAAGCGGUAACUGCACAGAUUUUGUUUCUGAAGCUGACACUAUAAACACACAACGCAUUGAAGUACAAGGGACCGCAUGUUUGUUUUUUUCUUUAUUUUGACAUGCAAAUUAUUAUGAAAUUGCAAUUUUAUGGUUUUUCUUAGUUUAUUCUUUGUAAUUCUGUUACUAAUUAUUUGUAAUUGUUGAUCAUAUUUGUAAGGGCAAAAUAUGAAUUAUCAUCUUGUUUUGUGUAAUAAGUAUGUCUGCUCUUUCAUAUUACAUGCCUGUCUAUUUACUUUAGGUUGUACCAAAUAUAUCGUCAAGCAUACCAACAAACUUUUCCGUGAUGAGGAAUUUGGACUUCACGCCUUCACACAGGAUUUACCUAAAACCAGCAUACUGUACCAUGAUGUCAUUAUUAGGAAAAUUGAAGAUUAGAAAUCAACAGACAGCAACUAGUAUCAUAAGUCAUUUCCGGUUUCACCUAAGAUAUAACCACAGUCCUAGGUUACUACCCUUCUUGUGUACAGUCUGAGUUGUCUUGUCUGAGACACAAAGUGUAACAGCCUUACAAUAGUGUAACCAGGAUUCAUAAUUUUCCAACUCUUCCCCACCCCCACAUAUUCCCAUAUAUUCUGUAGCAACUCUUUUUUUUUUUUUUUUUUUUUUUCCACUGUACUUUCUUCUGAAUGGACUUCAGUAUGUGAGCAAUGGUGCACACAGUCAACCUUCAGAAGCCUCCUCUUGUGCUCUUAUUCUGUCUUGAUCCUUAUCUACCUCUAAUGUAUGAUCUGUGACAUUAUUCCACUGUCUCAUCUAAUCUGACUUUUUUUUGUUGGGCCUUAACUCCUGUUAUUGGUACACAUAGCAAAUUUGAUAUUAUUGGCUGAUAGGUGUGGAUGGAUAAAAAUGGCAAAGUACACCAAAAAAGUUGAUGUAAGCUACCUCUAUGCCUGUGUAAGGAUGUAAGGAUGGAUUUACAUAUUUGUUCACAAAAACAUGUUAAGACUUGAAAUUACGUCCUGAUAGUCACAUGUAACCUAUCUAGAGAUCUAGUUUAGUUACAUCUCACUUAUAAAGUUUAUUAGAAACAUAA